AUGGAAAGUAUGGGAGUGGAUGGGUGACAGUGAGAGAGUUGAAUUGAGGGUUUGUUGCCAUUUGAGUUGGUGUUACUGAUACACAACACCCAUUUCUAGAGAGAGAUGGGUUGGGCCAUAGCUCUGCACGGCGGCGCCGGCGAUAUUCCCCGUUCGCUGCCACCGGAACGCCGUGAACCCCGCGAGGAAGCCCUCCGCCACUGCCUCCAAAUGGGCGUGGAAGCUCUGAAAGCCAAAGUGGCUCCUGUGGACGUGGUUGAGAUUGUGGUUCGCGAGUUGGAGAACAUUCCGCACUUCAACGCGGGAAGAGGUUCCGUUCUGACCUCGAACGGCACCGUUGAAAUGGAAGCUUCUAUAAUGGACGGCACCACCAUGAACUGUGGAGCUGUUUCUGGCCUUACUACGGUUCUCAACGCCGUUUCUUUGGCUCGACUGGUUAUGGAGAAAACUCCUCACAUUUAUUUAGCAUUUGAGGGAGCAGAGGAAUUUGCAAGAGAACAAGGUGUUCAAACUGCAGAUUCAAGCCAUUUUAUUACUGCAGAAAAUAUUGAAAGGCUUAAACAGGCAAAAGAAGCCAAUAGGGUCCAGAUUGACUAUACCCAACCCAUAAAAAAUGAUACUAAGAAGGAAGCAGCGAUUGCUAAUGGUGAUAGUCAAAUUGGAACUGUUGGGUGUGUGGCAGUUGACGAGCAUGGAAAUCUAGCUUCUGCAACAUCUACUGGUGGAUUAGUGAACAAAAUGGUUGGUCGAAUUGGUGACACGCCCGUAAUUGGUGCCGGGACCUAUGCGGACGAACGUUGUGCAGUUUCUGCAACAGGCAAAGGUGAAUCAAUAAUACGUGGGACAGUGGCAAGAGAUGUGGCUGCUCUGAUGGAGUUCAAAGGUCUUUCUCUGGAGGAAGCUGCUACUUGUGUUGUUCAUGAGCGUACACCAAAAGGCACUGUUGGUUUGGUUGCUGUGUCUGCUAAAGGAGAACUUGUAAUGCCAUUUAACACAACAGGAAUGUUCCGAGCAUGUGCUACUGAAGAUGGGUAUUCAGAGCUUGCAAUUUGGCCUGCUGCCAAAAUUGAAUGAUCUAGCACCUCCUUUUCUGAUUUUCAAGCUUAAUGUGUUCUGACAUAAACAUCUGCAUGGUUAUAUCAUAAGAAAAUCUAUCUGCUUUUCAAGGUACAAAAUGUGCAAGUUGUUUAUAUAGCUUGUCCUACAUUUUGAAUGCAAUCACAUUAUUAUCAUGGGUUUUAUAGC